GACCAGACUAAACAAUUUGGUCAGCUGUUUGCGCCACCACGAUUCAAAUUUAUUAAAUGCGACGCAGUCUGGCACCCAGCCAACGUGGUCCUCUGCGGCCCGAGUCGCGGCACUCCUUCACGCCGCCCCUGCUGAAAAAAAACAAGCGAGCCUGCCAGCAGGAUCUGGAAAGGGAGCAGGAACUGGACCGAAAGCGCCAAAGCACUCUGAGAGAUACGAACGAUUCGGUAGAUCUACCUCUGCCCAUUCGCUUUACUGCAAACAGCGAAUAUGAACGGGCUAUUGCAAAGGUGCUCUCCCGGAAGUUCAAGGUUCCCAUGGACAACUACAUCCCGGAUUAUGGGGGAAAACGAGUCCUUGGCGUGCGGCGUUGCAUUUCCCGGCGACCUUUGCACGAUCCGCUGGCAUGUAACGCCCUUGUUCUUUUCCACCCACCCGCAUACACGGAGCACGAACGAAUGGCCAUGGAUCCCAGUCAGGUGCUGGUGCACGUAGUUGUGGAUCCGCUGCUGAGCAACAUUCUUCGACCACAUCAGCGCGAGGGCGUGCGCUUCAUGUACGAGUGUGUAGAGGGAAAGCGUGGUGACUUUAACGGCUGCAUUAUGGCCGAUGAAAUGGGCCUGGGGAAAACGCUGCAGUGCGUCACGCUGGUGUGGACACUUCUUCGGCAGAGUCCUGACUGCAAGCCUACAAUUAACAAGGCUAUAGUUGUAUCACCGUCGUCGCUUGUAAAGAACUGGGAGAAGGAGUUCACUAAGUGGCUACAGGGACGGCUGCUCUGCCUCCCGAUGGAGGGUGGUAAUAAGGAGAACACUAUCCGCGCCCUUGAGCAAUUCUCUAUGACAUCAUCGCGACUGGGAACGCCCGUCCUGCUUAUUAGCUAUGAGACAUUCCGCAUCUACGCGGAUAUUCUGUGCAAAUACGAGGUGGGAAUGGUCAUAUGCGACGAGGGACAUCGAUUGAAGAACAGUGACAACCUCACUUAUCAGGCUCUGAUGGGUUUAAAAACAAAACGUCGAGUCCUGCUCUCUGGUACUCCCAUUCAAAACGAUCUAACUGAGUACUACAGUCUUGUGAAUUUUGUGAACCCAGAAAUGCUUGGCACAGCGACCGUUUUUAAGCGCAACUUUGAAAGCAGCAUUCUGCGGGGCCAGAAUGCAGACUCCACGGAAGCGGAGAGGAAGCGGGCUAUUGAAAAGACGCAGGAGCUGAUAGCACUGGUCGAUCAGUGCAUCAUUCGUCGUACCAAUCAGAUUCUUACAAAAUACCUACCUGUAAAAUUCGAAAUGGUCAUCUGCGCAAAGCUUACGCCAAUUCAGCUUGAGCUUUACACCAAUUUCCUAAAGUCGGAUCAAGUUCGCCGGAGUCUGGCGGACUGUGAUGAGAAAGCAUCGCUUACGGCCCUAGCGGACAUUACAACCCUCAAAAAGAUUUGUAGUCAUCCGGAUCUUAUAUAUGACAAGCUCACGGCACGGGAAAAAGGCUUCGAGAAUUCGCAGAAUGUGCUGCCUAUCAAUUACAAACCAAAGGAUCUCAACCCAGAGUUAAGUGGCAAGUUUAUGCUUCUUGAUUUCAUGCUAGCCGCUAUACGAGCAGACGGCAAUGACAAGGUCGUCCUUAUCUCCAAUUACACACAGACCCUUGACUUGUUUGAGCAGUUGGCCAGGAAGAGAAAGUACGGAUUUGUGCGUCUUGAUGGGACUAUGUCUAUCAAGAAGCGCUCGAAGGUUGUUGACCGGUUUAAUGACCCGGAGUCGGACAGCUUUCUUUUUAUGUUGAGCAGCAAGGCUGGCGGGUGCGGCUUAAACUUGAUCGGAGCCAACCGGUUGUUUAUGUUCGAUCCUGACUGGAAUCCGGCAAACGACGAACAGGCGAUGGCCAGAGUUUGGCGGGACGGACAGAAGAAGCCCUGCUACAUAUAUCGACUUGUCGCGAGCGGGUCUAUUGAGGAGAAAAUCUUGCAGCGCCAGACGCACAAAAAAUCCCUGUCGAGCACAAUCAUUGACAACAAUGAGUCGUCUGAGAAACACUUUACUCGGGACGACCUCAAGGAUUUGUUUAAAUUUGAUCCAAACAUUCUUUCCGAUACGCAUGAAAAACUUAAGUGCAAGCGAUGCGUAGAAAACAUCCAAACGAAGCCACCUCCGGAUGAUACGGACUGCACCUCACACUUGUCCCAGUGGUACCAUUGCUCCAACAAUCGCGGUCUGCCUGACAACAUUCUCGCCCAGGCCUGGACGGACAGCAAAUGCGUCUCUUUUGUGUUUCACCACAGAUCACAAGCUCAGGAGAUUGUGGCGAAGCCAGAGGAAGAAGAAUCUUCAGAAACCACCAGUCGCAAGCGUCCAUCUACGCCCCCCAGUGACGACAGUGCUGACGAGGAUUUUAUUGGAUUUUAGCAAGUAUUUGCAGUUUAUUGUUAAUAAAUUUGCCGGGUUUCGUUUA